GUGUCUCAACAGAUGGUUGGGGUUAAAGAGUGUUAUCACAUCGUAGAGAGGAUUAGAGCCGAGAGGUUGUCCUCUUCUUCUUCUCCUUCUUCCAGAGGAGCUGAGCUGUGUGGUCCACCUCUCCUCUCCACUACUCUACCACCAAGACCAGAACUCUGCAUGAGAACAUAAGAGAAGAGGAGACGGGGAGAAAAAAAGAGAUCCUUAUCCUUCUUUCUCACACUCUCACUCCGGCACUCUGCUCUCUUGCCUUCCAGACUCCUCCUCAGAAGUGAGAGCUCCAGUGGGUUUCCUCCCUCCGCCAUGCUGCUGGUGUGUGUGUCCUGGCUGGGCCUGCUGUCCCUGGGUUGGGACCAGGGCUGUUCAGCAUUCAGCACCACCAGAGCCCAGGGAGGCCUGAGGGGACGCAUCCAGAGGGACCGCAGGAACAUUAGGCCCAACAUCAUCCUCAUCAUAACCGACGAUCAGGACACGGAGCUUGGCUCUCUUCAGGUGAUGAAUAAGACUCGUAAGAUAAUGGAAGAUGGAGGCACCUCGUUCACCAAUGCCUUUGUGAGCACGCCCAUGUGCUGUCCGUCGCGCUCGUCCAUGCUGACUGGGAAGUACGUUCACAACCACAACACCUACACCAACAACGAGAACUGUUCAUCGCCGUCCUGGCAGGCCCAGCAUGAACCACGCUCCUUCGCCGUCUACCUCAACAAUACAGGAUACAGGACAGCGUUCUUUGGGAAGUACCUGAACGAGUACAACGGCAGCUACAUCCCUCCUGGGUGGCGGGAGUGGGUGGGGCUGAUCAAAAAUUCCAGAUUUUAUAAUUACACCGUCUGUCGGAACGGUUACAAGGAGAAGCACGGUGCAGAAUAUGCCAAGGACUAUUUCACGGACCUGAUCACCAACGACAGUAUCAACUUCUUCCGGAUGUCCAAGAAGGUUUACCCUCACCGGCCAGUGAUGAUGGUCCUCAGCCACGCUGCCCCCCAUGGCCCAGAGGACUCAGCCCCACAGUACUCAGAGAUGUUCCCCAACGCAUCGCAACACAUCACCCCCAGUUAUAACUACGCCCCAAACAUGGAUAAACACUGGAUCAUGCAGUACACCGGCCCCAUGAGGCCCAUCCACAUGGAGUUCACUAACUUCCUACACAGGAAGAGACUACAGACGCUCAUGUCAGUGGACGACUCUGUUCAGAAGGUAUAUGAGAUGUUGGUAGAGAGUGGAGAGCUGGACAACACCUAUGUAAUCUAUACUGCUGACCAUGGCUAUCACAUCGGUCAGUUCGGACUGGUAAAGGGGAAGUCAAUGCCCUAUGACUUUGACAUCCGAGUACCCUUCUUCCUCAGAGGGCCCAACGUCGAGCCUGGAGCAGUGAACACUCAACUGGUGUUGAACAUUGACCUGGCUCCCACUAUCCUACACAUCGCUGGGCUGGACACUCCUCCAGACAUGGAUGGGAAGUCCAUCCUCCAACUACUAGAGCAUGAGAAAACUGGCAACAGAUUCAAACCCAAUCGGAAACCCAAAGUCUGGAGGGACACAUUCCUAGUGGAGAGAGGUAAACUCCUAAGGCAGAAGGAGGAUGGUGGAGGCAGUCCAACCACCCCUCACACCAACAGCCUUCCCAAGUACAAGAAGGUCAAAGAGGUGUGUCAACAGGCAGAGUUCCAGACGCCCUGCCAACAGCCUGGGCAGAAGUGGCACUGUGUGGAGGAGAUCACAGGAAAGUGGCGUAUCCAGAAGUGUAAGGGAGGUGGUCUGAAGGAAGGCCCCAGGAAGAGGGCCCGGAGCCUGAGGUCCCGCAGCAGCUACGACAGUCGGCAGAGGGACCCUUGCGACUGUGGCCCUGACAGCAGCCUCGACAAACCCUCCAGGUCCGACCGCCCAGGGCGCUCACACCGCCAGUUCCCACCUUCCUCUGGAGGACGAGGCUACAGGCCUCGUUUCGUCCACACAAGAUCCACCAGAUCUCUGUCCGUGGAGUUUGAAGGGCAGAUCUAUGACAUUGACCUUGCGGCAGAUGACCAGUCGGCGGUCAGGAGACGUGUCAUCAGAAAGCGCCACUAUGAGCAGGAGGACCAGGAGUUGGCUCUGGAGUCAGAAGACGGGUCAGAGGAGAUGCUGGCGGACGAUACCAACACCGUGGGGUACCCCAACUCUGUCAAAGUCACACACAAGUGCUACAUCCUGAUGAAUGACACCGUCCACUGUGAGAGAGAGAUCUACUCUUCAUCCAGAGCCUGGAAGGACCAUAAGAGCUACGUGGACCAGGAGAUAGAGGCCCUGCAGGACAAGAUCAAGAACCUGCGAGAGGUCAGGGGUCACCUGAAGAGGAGACGACCUGACGGGUGUGACUGUGGUAAGAACAGCUACUAUAGCAAAGGAGAGAGAAACAGAGAGAAGGCAGAGAGGUUGAAGAACAAGAAUGAUCAGCUCCAUCCCUUUAAGGAGGUUGCCCAGGAAGUGGAUGGGAAGACCCAGCUGUUGAACGAGAUCAGGAGGAAGAAGAAGGAGAGGAAAGAGAGGAAGAGGCAGAAGAAGGGGGAUGACUGUAGUCUACCUGGUCUGACAUGUUUCACUCACAGCAACGACCACUGGCAGACUGCCCCCUUUUGGAACCUUGGAGGGUUCUGUGCGUGCACCAGUUCCAACAACAACACCUACUGGUGUGUGAGGACCAUCAACGAGACACACAACACCCUGUUCUGUGAGUUUGCUACGGGCUUCCUCGAGUACUUUGACCUCAACAACGACCCCUACCAGCUGACCAACGCGGUGUACUCGGUGGACAGAGAGGUGUUGAACGCCCUCCAUGCUCAGCUGAUGGAGAUGAGGAGCUGCCAGGGACACAAGCAGUGUAACCCCCGACCCAAAGGCCUGGACACAACAGCACUCAGCCAGUCUGGGACGGACGAGCGGGUUAAGCUGCCCAACCUGACGGAGGAGGAGGUGGACUGGCGAGGUCUGGAGGAGCUGUAUAGUAGUGUAAACCAGAGCCUGUACCAGUACAGGACUGACUACAGCCUCAGACAGGACGACUGGCACAUCUUCCAGAAGGAUGUAGAUAAUAUGUUUGCACUGAGACACGUUUUAGACUCGAAACUUCAAAACAACGACGACAACCAAACCCAUAAGCUUGACUUAAAGGAUGACCCGGCAUCGGCAACUUCCAUGGCAGAGCAGGGUUCCGGGUCUGGGGCUGGGGGGCUGGAGGAGGGCAGCGGAGGAGAAGGUACGCCCAGCCGGGACAUCUGGCCAGAACCGGUCAUCCUGAAUCGGGCCACAGAGGGAUUACCAGAGACCCCAUGCACUACCCAUCCUGCCCCUAGCACACCCCCACCACCACCUCCUCCAUUAACACCCACACACCCCACACCUCAGAGGUCAGAGGUUAAAGUUCAACUAGAAUCUGUGAAUGACCUCCCUGACGAGACUUAUCCAUUAGACAGACCCCCCAGAGUGGUGUCUGGAAUGUCAGCAGGUCAGAGGAGAGGAGGGGUCAGAGGGGGGGAAGUGGUUGCUGGUGGUGAAGUGUGGUUGGCCCAUCAGCUGGAGGAGGACUGGCUAGCUGGCAAGGGGGAGGGGCUAGUCUUCAGCGGGAACGGGAACAACGGCCUGACUGAGAUGGAGACGCGGCACGACGACCUGCUCCGCACCCACAACAGCCUGGAGAUGGGGCUGGGACUGGGGUCUUACCCAGGCCAGGCCCAGACCCAACAGAGUAGUCUCAUCCAGGGACUGGAGCUGGGACUAGACAAGGAGGAGGAAGAGGACAUAUUCCAAGGCCAGGGCUACCUCCCCCUCUCCCCACAGACACUGAGGCCCAGAGUACAGGCCUCCACCACCACCACUACUACCAGCACUAGGAGCCCGCCUCAGACUCAGACUGGCGCCCCACAGGGGACUGGGGUGGUAGUGCAUAACCCCCAGCUCCAACAGGCACAUCUACAGAUAGAGGUACAGGUCGAGUCCCAUGCCCAGCUCCAGGCCCUGGACUAUGAGGGUAGUGGGUCUCCCCCCCAGCCCUCUUCCAACCACACCCAGUGAGACACAUACGGACAAACGCACGUGCUGGCCUGACAUUGGGCGGCCCAGCCGGUCACCAUAGAGACACAGAGAGACACAGAAACUGGGGGACAUGGAGAGCCAAGAAGGCCAACGAUGAUGCCACCACCUGUCAGUCUGACUUAGAGCUGUAUUAUUCAUGAGUAUUAAAGUUAUUAUUAUUGUUGAUUUUUUUUUUUUACAGGUGCUUCCAUUUAUUAUUAUAAGAACUACAGUGUUAUGUUGUUUUUCCAAAAUAUAUAUUUAGAAAAAGAAAAGCCUUAAUGCAGCUGAAAUUAAUAAAAUAUGGGAAUUUUAAUAAAAGUCCAAGUGGAUAACACCAUUGUUUUAAAUAUAUAUUUUUAACAAUAAAAACAGGUUUUCUAGUCUGAA